AGUAGGGAGGGUAAGGGUAGGGUAGAGAGGCGAACAGCAGGCAGACUCAACCACCCCAAACACUGCAACAGAAAAAGUCGAGAGGACAGAGAGGGAAAAGAGUGUGAAGACAGAAGGGGAAAUGAGGCAGGGGCAGAAAGAUUCUUCAGACAUGAAGGAGGGCAAGAAGAGGAGAGAUGACUUCCCAGAGCCAGAAGACAGCAAUAAGUGCAGAUGGUGUCGCUUCCCUCUGCUCGUCGCCCUGCUCCAGCUGCUGUUGGGGGUGGCCGUCAUAGCCGUGGCCUUCCUCAUGUUGGCCAUCAGCCCCUCACUCCUGACCAGGGAGACGCCACACUGGGCUGGGAUCAUUCUGUGUUUAGUUUCCAUCCUGGGCUUCAUCCUGUACUGUAUCACCUACGUCCCUGAUGAGAGGACAUCUAUGCAGUUCAUUGUCAAGCUCCUGUACUUUGUCCUGUGUACAAUCGGCCUGGUCAUUUCGGUGCUGGUUAUGGCGUUCGCUGGACACCACUACACACAGACCAGUAGCUUCAUCUGUGAGCAGGUGGGAGAGGACUGCGUGUGCACACUGGAUCAAGAUGACCCGAUAGCCCGCACCUUCACCUACGAGGGGGUCAGUGACUGUGAGGUGAUAACUGGGACACUCACACUCUACUUCUUGGUCCAGAUCUUACUAAACCUGUUCCAAGCGCUCGUCUGUGCCGUCGGUGCCUUCAUCUUGUGGAAGCACCGUUACCAGGUCUUCUUCGCUGGUCUUCAGAUUGGCUCUCCCUCCACCCAGCGCUGGCAGAAGGUUUAAUGUGAUGAAGACAGAGUCGAUGGGAUGACUGAUCAGUCAGGUCGGGAUGGAGGGCCAUGCCAAAUGUGUGAUUGAGCUCUGAAAGGACAGGGACAUGCCUGCGUGCCUCAGUGUGUUUUAUUUUAUGUCAGUUUAUAUUCACCUUUUGUGGUACUAUAAUGGCUUUUUUGCACACAUUUUGUAUACCAUAUAAAUAACUUUGUAUUUCCAGUUGCUGAUGUUGUAAGAAAUUACCUUAUAUAGAUGAAGAGGAGCAAAACAUCUGGUUUAUUUUUGAAAAUCUAAACCAUAAUUAAUUAUUCAAAUUGUUUCUUGUUAUCCUUGCAUUUGGCUUUUAUACAAUUGCAAGACUAAACAAAUUAUAAGCACAACACAUAUUUGUUUUGCACUCAACUCCCAAAAUGAGCAGUGUUGCAAAAACUUUUUCAUAAACCUUUGGUUUAUUAUUUUGAAAUGUAAAAUGAUUCUGCCUCAGUCUUUGGAAAACUGUAUUCACUCAGUAAAAAGGUCAACUAUUGACCAAACACAGCAGCAGGUAUUACUAAGACAUCCUUUUUUAUCGUAAUGUAAUCGAAAAAAUAAGAUAACAAGAGUUUAUUGCUUUACAAUCAGUAAAUCUCAUAAUUUUGAAGUUUUUAGCUAUAUUGUCUAAUUUUCAUGUUGUGUGUCACACACACAAACGCACAUUUAGUUGGAUUGAUUCCACGAAUAAACAGUUUUUGUGCAGUUCUGUAAAAUCCCUGUUGAAAAACAACAGCAGCUGAUAGAAGUAAACUCUCUUAAACUUCAGACAGUCCAGUUAUACACAGUAAGAGCUGAUCCUGACAGCAGAAACACGACCUGGGCAGGCGCUACACUCCAUGAGACUGGAUCCAGGCUGAACUGGGCUGUGGCUUGUGAAGGUGGAUGCCAGGCCAGUAGCCUGCAUGACUCAAACAGCCUGUAGGAGUCAAACGACUGCAGCCACAAAGAGGGGGGUGGGGGUGAGGAAAGGGGGACUCAGACAGGCAGCUGGACUGAAGUAUCCAAAUCAUCUCAGUGUGUUUACAGCAUUUCAGUUGUUUUCUCUCAGGCGGGACAGUGCAAAAGGGAUGGAACAAUCACAAAAUCUGAGGCUUUUAUUUUCAAAAUGCUCAAUCUUAUGCAGAGUUCAGCUUUGUUUUUUUCUUACUCUCAUCUCAGGUGCCGAGAACAGUCACUUACAGUCUCUACAUGUUGACCAGGGAAUGGUAAACGUGAGGCACUCUCUGAUGCAAAUUAUAUGAAAUGUAUAGAGUGUAAUUAUUGUGCAGUGUUACAUCUAUUUUUUCAAUGAUUGAAAAUGGUUGAUUGACUGGACAUGAAAAAUAUUACUUAUUUCUCACAGAGGCCUUAAAUGUGUCAUUUGAAAGGAGCAUUUUAUUUGAAUAAAACAA